CUUCAAAGUAGCCACCCUUUGCCUUGAUGACAGCUUUGCACACGCUUGGCAUUCUCUCAACCAGCUUCAUGUGGGCAUUGAAGGAGGAAAGGCUGAUCUCACAUCUGGGCUUGCUACUUUUUCCAAGUCAUGCGCCCGCCCACAAGAGGGUUCAAAAGGCUUGGUUUCCACCUCCGGUGUCGAGUAGCCGCCAUCUUUGUAUCCGUUCAAAUAUAAAAAUAAUAUUUAUUUUCAUUCACUAAGGCGAGGAGAAAAUAAUUUGGUAUAGGAACUUAUGUCCGCAGCCUAAGAGCAUUCAUUUGAAGCCUUAUCAAGAUGUCGCUGGUGGAUUUGGGGAAGCGGCUCCUUGAGGCGGCACGGAAAGGCCAGGACGAUGAAGUCAGGACACUCAUGGCCAACGGGGCUCCCUUCACCACAGACUGGCUGGGCACAUCUCCGUUGCACCUGGCCGCCCAACACGGACACUAUUCCACCGCCGAGGUGCUGCUCAGAGCAGGUGUCAGCAGGGACGCCCGAACCAAAGUCGACAGGACCCCUCUGCAUAUGGCCGCUUCAGAGGGCCACAACGUCAUCGUGGAUCUAUUAGUCAGGAGUGGAGCAGACAUUAAUGCCAAAGACAUGCUGAAGAUGACUGCUCUCCACUGGGCCGCCCAGAACGGCCACCAAAGGGUAGCAGAGACGCUCGUCAAACAUGGCGCAGAUGUUCACGCUCUCAGUAAAUUCGAUAAGACUCCAUUCGACAUCGCAGGAGACAUCCAGAAUGCAGACCUUAUGCUCCUACUACAGGAAGGAAUGCAGAACCAGGUGAACAUGAACGCAGAGGCUGGCAUGACGGGGAGCUCGGCCCAGCCUCAGUUUAUCAUCCAGGGCAUCCCAGGGCUCCAGGGGGGCGUGGUCAACCUGGCGGACCUCCUCAACAACGCUGCCAAGGCCAACUCUGGUAGGCUCCAGGGGGGCGUGGUCAACCUGGCCGACCUCCUCAACAACGCUGCCAAGGCAAACUCUGCAGGUGAAUCUGAGGAAGCCAUAGCAGCCAAUUCUUUGGAUCCCGGCAGCAUCCAGCACAUGGUGAACGAGCAAGGUCAAAGGGUUAUCACCAUAGUGACCGACCAACACGGCAACCUGCAGACUGGAGGGCUUGGUCAGCCAUUCUUUGUCACCAUGCAGCACGGACAACAGAUGUUGGCGAUGCCAGCCAAUCAGGUGAUAGAGGAGGUGGUUGAUGAGGAACCCCAGCCCCCGCCCUCCCGCAAGAGGAAACUGGAGGCCUCGGCCAACCACAUGGAGUCUGGAGACACGGAGCAGUUACAGAGGCAGCUGCAGGAGGCCAACCGGAAGGCCCAGGAGUACCGGCAGCAGCUGAUGUGCAAGGAGCAGGAAGCAGAGCAGUACCGCAUGAAGCUAGAGGCAAUGUCACACAGCCAUACCAACGGCACCUCGGAGCAGGAGGAGGUGGUUGGGGGUGAUGAGGACGAGGUGCAGGAAGAGUUGAUGCUCCAGGAGGGAGACAUCAUCAUCAAGACGGAGGAGCUGGUGACGCUGGUGGACUCGGCGCCCUCCCACACCGAGGUCAUCUCAUAAUGUCAGACUGAUGUCACUGACUGAAGGAGAAAUGGACACGUGGACUCGCGCGACAGGCCAGCCUGUUGGUGUUUUCAUAGCUCUUUUGUUAAUUAUUUUCCUGCUAUGUUUUGUUUUUGUACUAUAUUUACUUUUUCUGCCGUUUUUAUUUUCCUCAAUUUGUGUUUAUAUUUUUUACAAAUAGCGACGCGAGGAGCUGAAUAUAUUGAUUGAGGAGCAGGAACGGGACCUGCUCAGCCUGUGACUCAGUAAGCUUGCCUAGCUGAAGAAUGUCUAUGCUCCCUGGGAAAAACGGGGUCUCGGGCACUCUGUCUCAGAUAUCUAUGGUGUCUGACACAUGUCAAUGGUGUGUGUGUGUGUGGGGAAAUAGAUUUUUCAUGGUUCCAACAGCAUGUCCUAAGGUGACCAAGAUGCAAAUCCAAAGUUUAUUAGACACGUCCAUCCAUAGAACCAGAGGACAGGUCUGUGGAGAGAACACUGUUUUGUUCAACUUCUUCAGGUCUCAAAAGUCUCCCUCUGCCUCAGUCUUCCAUCCAACCACCCACCAUGGGCAAUGGGAUUGGUACUUAAGCAUGCCCAUUUCCUAUUUCAAAAUAAUCCUCUUACAUGAGAAAUGACAAUGCAUGUAGUUGGCAACAGUCAUUCUCAGCAUGUAUUGGGCUCAUCAUUCACAGUGUAAUAAUGAAUUGUUUCAAAGUUGUGAAUGGCAGUGUUUUGACUUUCAUGGCACCACGUUAAGCUUUGUCCUCUAGUUGUCGUCGGGGCCACUUCCAUAGUGCCGUAGUGAUUGUAGGUUUACUGUUGCACAAGCCACAACUCUCCUCCUGCUGAUGUUGAUACAAAGAUGAACUUCCCAUCGUUUUAAUGCCCCUGUGGCUUUAAUCACUAGUAGCCCCACUCCCCAGAGACGGACAGGAAUAAGGGUGUCAGAUUAGGUGACUGUGUCCUUCUGACAAUUACUGCUUCUCAUGUCCCGACACUUGUUUCUAUCACAGUCACUGUUCCGUGACACUUUUUAGUAUUCUCCCAAACUGAAUGAGAAUGUGAUGGACAUACCUUGGACAUAGUCUGGGUUAACAUUUAUCACUCGGGUGAAUGGAACGUAAUCUCUGCACGCUAUUCAGUAAGGGCCAAAUGUAAACUUGAGAUGCCAACCCUGAUUUUUAAAUUGUGCCUACAUUUUGCAUUGAUGACAUGGGGGGGAUUUCCAUGGAAAUUAAGGUUAUGCUUGUGGAUCUCGAGUUCUGAUAUGUCCAUAGUGUAUCAGAUACUUUUUCCCAGGUGUAUGUUUUUCAUUAGACCCACUAAAGUUUAUUUUGUUUAUUGAAACAACAAACUCAUAAAAUUAACGAUGUUGAUACACUAUGUACAAACGUAUGUGCACACCACUUCAAAUGAGUGGAUUUGGCUACUUCAGCCACACCCGUUGCUGACAGGAUAUAACAUUGAGCACACAGACAU